AAUUCACUACCUCAGCACGUGGUUGAGGCUCCAACCGUCGACUCUUUCAAAAGAAAGUUGGAUCAACUGAGAGACCACCAUUGCCAGGACUAACAUAGGCCAUCGAGCCUCCUGUCCUUCCCAAACUGAAACUGAAACUUCUAACUCGCCAACACAACCUAGGCAAAGGAGACGACGUCGGUCAUCUACGUAUGCCUUACUUCAAAUGAAUUUAUCCUUAAGGUCGAAAUAUUGCCAUUGUCAAUCAGGAUUUUGGGUCCGGGCAGUAAAUGGUGAGUUGAAACUCACCUCUAUUAAAACCGUGCACAACCAUCCUUGCACAGAAGGAUAUAUUUCUGUCGAUCCAUCGAAACGACAGUUGACCUCAAGUGAACGCUUGUAUUUAAGAACGUUUCUACUGAGUAAUACACCAACUCGUAGCUUACGGUAUCUGGUUUCUUGGAAGUUCAAUAAACAGCUUACCAAGGACGAUAUCGCCAGAAUGCGUUCACAGUUGUACCCAGGUUGUUGAACUCACAUUGUAAUUAAUUGAGUUUAGACACUAAAAAUAUCAAUGACAUUUUACAGCGCGUUCAAGCAAAUACUGAAGUUAAAGUAUUCAAUUAAAAUGGGAACAUGUCUAUGAUUUGCUUCAGCCGCAGAGAGCAAAUAGCUGUUUACCACGCGUUCCCGGAGGUAAUAUGUAUUGAUUCGACUUAUCAGACCAAUAAAGUUGAGUAAGUAACGAUUAGUAAUAAAUUUAUCUGAAAGUUUUCCACUGUUCCAGCUAGUGGUGACUGAUAGUCUUGGGCAAGGGCACACUGUUAUGUAUGCUCUUUGCAGUCAAGAACGACGCGAAGAUGUCGAAAAACUAUUGGAAUAUUUUAAAGAGAUAAUGUGCGGUACUUAUGCUACACGCACUUUCAUUAUGGAUUCGGCAGCGACCGAAAUUUCGGCUGUGCAGUCUACGCACAGUCAUUCCAACAUAAUACUUUGUUCAUUCCAUGUCGUGAGAGCGUUUUUCAGGAAGUUCCGAAAUCCUGAUGUGCGCAAAUGCUUGGAACACCUUGUGAAGACUAGACGGUCUGAUAUAUUUACUCGAAAGUACGAACAUCUAAGGACGCAUUUCCCACGGGCGUAUGAUUACACAAAAGAUUACUGGAUUGCCAGGAAGUCAAUGUGGGCUCGCUGUUACCGGCGACAUGUAUUAAGCCUGGGCAACCACACAAACAACCGUGUCAAAAGUGCUCAUAAACAUCCGAAAGAAUGUCUCAGAGUAAAACAGACAUUGACCUACGUUUCCGUCCUUAUGAUGCUGUGAAGGAUCUUCAACGUUUUCCAAUUCUUCAGGUUCCAAUGUCAUUUCGAGCUCUUCUAAAUGAGUUCACAUCUUUUGCAGCUAAAAUUGUAGCUGUAAAUUAUAAACGUGUUCGGACAAUGAGACACGAAUUUAUAGAAGGAGAAUACAUCCGGUGCUACGACAAGGGUAUGAUGUAUGUUGUUGAUACUUUACGUGAACGAUGUGCUUGUGAGCGUUUCAAUGACUACAUGCUGCCCUGUGGUCAUAUUUUGUAUGCACAUUCUAAAGAUCUGAUGCGUGGAGACUUAUUUCGACUUAGCAACCGGUGGACAAGAAAGUACAUAAUGGACCUGGUUCUUCGUGCGCUAGACAACAUCUCAAUCUCUACAGGGAGUGAUGAUCUGCUAGAGAAGUUCACUAGCAACUACCACUCAAUCCAUGCUCUUAGUGAACCUUUGGCAAGUAAAUUCAUCCGUUCAUGCCUCGAAGCAUCGGAAGACAUAUGCGCACAACUGAUGAGUUCAAUCGGUGCUAAUGAUGAAGCUACAACGUCAGAAUCCAUUGUUAAUACAGACCAUAGCUAUGCUUCUUGAUAACAAGAAGUUCUAAUAUUGUAAUCUUUUUAGUUUUACAUAAAUUCAUUUAUAUGGCCAUUGACUUAUUCUUAUAGCGUAACGGCAGGGAGUGUACUGUGCAGUCUUAUGUGGCUGUGAGACAGGGAUGUUGUUUCGCGUUCUUGUGUAAUAAUUACCAGUUUGGCGCACACGCGAUUAGUCAUACAGACCGUUUACCAAAUACUGCUACCUUGAACAUGGUGUACCAUAUUAGUAGUUCGAAUUUCGACCUGUCACGAUAGAUAAGAAUUGCCGUAAUUAAAAGAAUGGUGCGUUAUAAAUGAAAACGAUUAUUAAAGUUUGAAUCUAGCACAAACGAUCCAUCAAUACAUAACUUCUAUUUCUCAGGAAUUGUUCCCGUUAGGUCUGUGAACGCUUGCGAAGCUAGCUGGAAAUAAGAUAGACAGGAAAGUUAUUUCAGUAUAAAUGUUUACCAGAAACUAGUAUAAAAACGGAAACCAGUAUUCAAUUACAGAUCGAAAGUGCACUUAGCACACCCUUCCUUUGGAUAGUCAAUCACGCUUAUUUCCUUUAUCUCUUGCGUUGCUUAGGAAAGUCUGGGUCACAACAUACACGGAUUGUAUUAUUUAAUUCUUUGGACAGGUUGCACUUCGGAAACUUAGACGAUGAACAUAUAUAAAGACUACUGUGUGAAUUUACUUUGAAUCGUCCUGUGUAACCUGCAAUUCUUGAUGCAUAUUCUAUUCUAGUCCCACGUAAGUUAUGAG